UCGAAAGUGAAAAGAGAACAGAGAAAGUAAGAGAGAGAAAGAAAGGGAGUUGUGACGAGGAAGGAAUCAGACUACCUAUCAUCAGGAGAGAGAGAGAGAGAGAGAGAGAGAGGGGGACAGUUUAUUAAGUAUCAAAUUUCCUUUCGCCAGAAAGAGAAAAGAUGAUGCGGUAAUCCCCACCUGCGUGAAACACUAACAAAACUCAGGGACGGAGGGGAAUUAUCCAUGUUUUUUCUAUUGAGAAAAGGAAAAAGAAAAGAAAAAAAAAGAGUUUCAGUUCUGCUGUCCCCAGUGAUCUGAUUCCCCUUCUUUUUUGCUUCCUGUUUGCAGUUUGCACUUGUCUUCUUUUUGUUCUCUCUCUCUCUCUACUCUUCCUCUCUCCAUCAAACACUCAAACCCUAGAGCUUUAAGGCUUUUUCUUUGUUCAAGUCAGGGACGGGAUGCGAUCUUUGUAGGCAGUUGCAACUUCCUCAAUUCUCAGUCUCAGAGGCAGCUUUGUUUAUUGACUUGUUCAUUUAAUUUGUCUUUUUUUUUGGGAGAACGGGGAGGUGGUUUUCAAGUUGUACGUGGAUUCCAAGCUACUACGAGAAUUUCACGGACAAAUCUCGGAUUUCUUCAUGGGAGAAGGAGACUGCUCCUUCCUAGCCUUGCUCUGAUUCCGUGAAUGGGGCUUGAAGUACUAUCUGAAGGAUACUGGCAAAAUUUAGUAACACCAGACAAUGCAAGGUCUGAUUUAGGAGGCCACAUUUUGAUCAAUUUUCAUGAAAAUAGAAUGUUGGCAGGGAAUUCUGUGCAUAGAUAUGCCGAUUCUUUCAAGGAAUUUCUAAAGCAGACAAUGCUCCAGCACGAGGCUAUUUUUAGGAAUCAGGUCCAUGAACUCCAUCGCCUAUACAGGAUUCAAAAGACUAUGAUGAAGGAUCUCAGCUGGAGGGAGUUUGAUAGAUAUAAUUCAUGGACAACAAACACACAAUCAGCCCAAUUACCAUUUAAAGAUCAACCAAUGUAUAGACCAUUGGUAGAUGAGAGAGCCAUUUCUGGACCAUCCAUGGUCAGUUCUACAUUAGUUGCAAACCAGGAUUUGGAGUGCCAAGGUGCCUACUCUAAACUUAAGGAAAGACCUUUUGACCUUCAACUCCCAGCCGAUGAGUAUAUCAGUCAUGUAGACACUGAACUUCCCAAGAAAAUGAAUUCAUUGCCAUCUAUAGGAGAAUUUAUUGAAACAAAGGAUUUUCUUUGUGGUGGUCAUUUUUCUGAUACUAAGAAGGUGAAACUUUUAGCAAAUGGUGGAGAAGACCAAAAUAAGAUGGAUGGUUCUAGUAAAGUUUGGUCCAAUAAAAAGGCUCCAUUUUCUGCCCAAGAUGUCAUUGAUUUGGAAGAGUCCAAUGAGAAGUUAACAAGCACUGAAGUUAAACCUUUCUGUUUUCUUGCAUCUGAAGCUCCAACAAACUAUCCUGUAGAUACGUAUAGGCUGCAAGUUCCUGUUCUAUCUGACCCAAGCUUUUCAGGUAGAAUGGGAAAAGGUUCUGGUAAUGGGCUUUUCAUGAAUCACAUUAUUGCAAACUGCAGUAAAAGCAGCGAAGAGCAGACAUCCUUGUAUACAGAUAGAGGAUUGAAUGGAGGACACACCAGUAGCCCAUUUAUCAGUCUAUUCAGUGAGAAGCAACAAUCCUCUUCACAUAGCACGAUGUCCAUGGACCUUAACAGAGUUCAUCUUGAUGAUUCAUCUUGUUUAUCAAAUGAUCUUGCAGAAAAAUCUCACAAUGUUCUCCAGGGGUGCAGUGAUAUACCCUAUAAAGGGACUCAGCAUGUCACAACUUGUUGGAAAGUAACAGAUAGUCAUUCAAGUGGAACUUCUGAUGUUUUUCCACAAGAAAACUCUGCACAUUCUGCUUUGACAGAUUCUAAGGGAAUAGAUUGCAGAAUUCAAGCUUGCAAUGAAAGUAACAAGUUCAAAUCAAAUAAUGGAAUUAAGAGAGGUGCUAUUGAUCUGGAGUCUUUGCCUGAAGACGCAUUAGACCUUUAUGAAGAUUUAACCAACCAUGCUAAUAAGGCUUGCAGAGAAAUUGUAGAUUUGUCUCUGGAACCACCUAGUUCUCCACACAAUCAUAUUACAGAUUCUUCAACAACUCAUGUCGCUAAGCUAGGCGAUCAUCCCUAUGCAUCAGCAAUGCAUUUGGAUUUCCCCCAAGUAGAAGUAAGCCCUGUAAACUUUGAGAAGAGUGAGGAAGAUACAGUAUCUUCAGAUCCAUAUGAAAGUUCGAUUGUAUUUCAAGAGGGGUAUUCCAAAGCAUUUAAUGCUACAAGCAAGUCUAAUUGUGACAAGGACAAUAACUCUAACAGUAUAAAGGACUUGCAAUCUGGAACAGAGGAUAAACAUGAGUUAGAAGUUUCUAAUCUUUCUGCCUUUGAGGAGUUUGGAACUACUCAAUUGGGAUCUCAAGUUGCAGAAACUCACUCUUGUGAGCAGGAACCUAAUGUGGAAACUGGAAUUUAUGCUUGCACACAGGAUAAAUCUUUUGACUGUACUGAAUCAGAACAUCAAUAUGACAGUCAGCAGCAAAAAGAAGAUAAUGAAAUGGAUAUUUUGGUCCAAAUAGCAGCCGAAUCCCUUGUCCAGUUCUCUUUGGAAAAUUCAUUGUGUUCCCAGGAUUGUUUUGCAAAGGCAGGAUCAGAUGAAUUAACAAAUGAUGAAAGGACAGAGCAACCAGAAUACUCGUCUGAUUCUUAUGAAUCAAUCACCUUGAGAUUAACAGAGAGCACUAUAGAAGAUUAUUCAGUGUCAUCAGGGCCAGUGGAGGUAAAUGAAAUGGAAAAGAAGCGGAGUAGAUGGAACUUGAAAAGAGGGAGGAGACUGAAAGACUUCCAGAGAGAGAUUCUGCCCGGGCUUGUAUCUCUUUCAAGACAUGAAAUUUGUGAAGACAUAAAUAUUAUAGGGGCAGUUAUUAAAUCAAAAGAGUAUAGGAAGAACAGAUCCAGGAAACUGAUUGUUGAAGAUAACUGGUGUGCCCCUGUGAGAAGUAGACGAUCGAAACUCAAUUAUGUUGGCCGAAGGAAUUAUUCAUGAAAUUGACUAUAAGCUGGCAAUGGCAUAGAGUUUGCUACAUACUAUUUCCUUGUCCAUUCACUGACUUGGGAGAUCUUAUUAGCUUUUCUAAUUUGUGGGUAUUCUGUCACUUGGGAUUUCUAAAAGUUCACUCGUUCUCUUGAAUCUCUUCCA